UUGCAUUUGCCGAUAUAUUUUUGCUUCUUUCUUGUAAAUCUAAUUUUCCCAUUCCAACUCUACACUCACCUCCAAAAACUUCUUAAUAUUAUUCAUCUAUUUUUCAAUAGGAAAUUUAGAUUCUAAAUACCAUCCUCCAAGUUAGUUAGAGAUUCUAUCACAAAAGAAAUAUGCCCUUGAAAUGUUUAUGUUGUUUUCUCUCUAAUGAAGAGCAAAGCCAUAAACGGAAUGUUGAUGACAAGAAAAAUAUUAGGGACUAUCCAUGGGAAAGAUACACCUUGAAAGAGUUGCUUCGUGCAACAAACAACUUUCAUCAAGAUAACAAGAUUGGAGAAGGUGGAUUUGGAAGUGUAUAUUGGGGUCAAACAAGUAAAGGCGUCGAGAUUGCUGUGAAGCGGUUGAAGACAAUGACUGCAAAAGCAGAGAUGGAAUUUGCAGUUGAAGUGGAAGUACUAGGAAGGGUGAGGCAUAAGAAUUUGUUAGGAUUGAGGGGGUUCUAUGCAGGAGGAGAUGAAAGGUUAAUUGUGUAUGAUUACAUGUCUAAUCAUAGCUUGCUCACUCAUUUACAUGGUCAACUUGCUUCAGAUUGUUUACUUGAUUGGCCUAGAAGAAUGAGCAUAACAGUUGGUGCAGCUGAAGGUUUAGCGUACUUGCACCAUGAGGCAAAUCCUCACAUAAUUCAUAGAGACAUAAAGGCAAGCAAUGUUCUAUUAGACACAGAAUUUCAAGCCAAGGUAGCUGAUUUUGGUUUUGCAAAGCUAAUACCAGCAGGUGUAAGCCAUCUUACAACAAGGGUUAAAGGCACACUUGGUUAUUUGGCACCAGAAUAUGCUAUGUGGGGUAAGGUUUCUGAGAGUUGUGAUGUUUAUAGCUUUGGAAUUUUGCUUUUGGAGAUUAUAAGUGCCAAGAAACCAAUUGAAAAACUACCUGGUGGAAUAAAAAGGGACAUUGUUCAAUGGGUCACACCAUAUGUACAAAAGGGUGUUUUUAAACAUAUUGCUGAUCCAAAAUUGAAAGGGAAUUUUGAUUUAGAGCAAUUGAAAUCUGUGAUUAUGAUAGCUGUGAGGUGCACUGAUAGUAGUCCUGAUAAAAGGCCUAGCAUGAUAGAGGUGGUGGAAUGGCUUAAGGAUGGUGUUUCAAAGAGAAAAAAAGAGAUUCCAAAUUUGAGUAACAAUAAGGGACAUGAUGAAGAAAAUGAUGAAAACUAUGAAGAGUUUGUAACAAUGCAGUCCAACAAUUUGAAAAUACUAAGUGACAAUGAUAGGCGCAAAAUGAGAUGAUAUUUUAGUGUCUGCUUGUUGAAAUUUAAAAUACAUCUCUUAUGUUUGAGAGAAACUAAGAUAAAAAAUUUAGUAUAUUUGUAGGUAUCUUGUUGGCCUUGAUCAUCUUUAUUAUAUUUAAUUAAAUUUCUAGUUGUUUGUAUGGCCGUAUGAGACUAUGACUCAUACCAAAUGUCAAGGUUAUAUAAUUCAUUUCUAAAGACAAUAUUAUGUUAAAUGUAGUAGUACA